UUUCAAAAUCCAAAAUUAAACUUCAUAACUUUUUAGUAUAUUUAAAGCUUAAAAAGUAGACUUGUUAAACUAUGUUAGCAGUGAACUCCGUUAGUGAAUUUGCUAGUUGUUAAAUUUCUAAUUUAGAAUCUAUAACUUUGAAACUAAGUUAAGCAACUUUUAAUGAUAAAGAAAUGCAAAACCUAGUAGAUUGUUUUGAAAAGUGCUCUAAGCUGACAUAUCUUUCAAUCCAAAUAAAUCCUUCUGCUAUAGAUGAUCAAAAUAUCAAACUAUUUCUGACAGGUAUACAAAAAUUAACCUUGUUAAAAAAUUUACAGCUUGAUUUAAAUUUAAAUUGUUCACAAAGCUAUGGAAUUUUAGAGUUAGGAUUUAACUUAUAAUUUAUGUAUAAUCUUACAGAUUUAGAUUUAAACUUAUCCAAUCAUUUGAUUUCAAAUAAUGGAGCCUUAUGCUUAGUAAAAAGUUUAGAAAAUUGUCAAAAUAUUUAAACUCUAAAAUUAUUAUUAAGAGGAGCAGGGAUUUCAGAAAAAGGAAUAGCUGAUAUUUUUUAAGGUAUUUGCUAAAAUAAAAACUUAACCUCGCUAACAAUAGAUCUUGAUCACAACUAAAUAGGAUGCUAAGGAGCUACUGAUAUAGGUAUAAACCUGGCUUAGCUUAAGCAACUUAAAAUUUUAGUAUUAGAAAUAAACUUUAAUUAAAUCAGAGAUGAAGGCAUUAAAAAUUUAGGUGAAGGAAUAAAAUAAAUAAAAUCAUUGGUUGUGCUACAUUUAUUUUUAAGAUAUAACUAUUUUACAAAUGCAGGAGUUUCUUAAUUGGGGAACUGUAUUGGUUAAUGUGAGAAUAUGUAAAGUUUAAUCCUCGAUUUUGGGUUUAAUAAAUUAUUGUCUGAUGAAAAUAAUUUUGAAUUAAUUUCCUGUCUUGCAUCAAACAAAAAUCUAAAUAAGUUGCAACUUGAAUUGAAUAGUUGUUAAAUCGAUUCUUAGAUUGCUGCUAAAAUAGGAAAAGGAUUGAGUUAAUUAUUUAACCUAAAAAAACUGACCCUUAGACUUAACUACAAUACUAUUGAAUAUGUUGGAGUUUGCCAUUUAGCUGAUUAUUUAAGUUUAUGCUAAAAUCUAAAUGAAUUGAAUUUAAACUUAGAAUAAAAUAAAAUUGGAGACUAAGGUGUAAUAGGACUGACUUCUAACAUAAAAAAAAUACAAAAUUUGCAAUAUCUUUCCUUAGAUUUAAAAAACGUUUAAUUAGGUAAUUAAGGAAUAGAAUAAUUAGCUUUAAACUUAGGAAAUCACUCUAAUCUUAUACAACUAAAACUACAUUUACAUGGAAACAAUAUUGAAGAUAAAGGAGGAUUUAGUUUAGGGUUUAACUUGGGGUUAAGUAAAAGUCUUUAGAUUUUAUAGUUAUUUAUAGGAGCAAAUAAAUUAACUGAUUUUGGUAAAAAUUAAAUGUUCUCGAAUCUUAAAAAUAGCAAAUAAUUAAUUGCUUUAAAUAUUGCUAAGAGAAACUCUAUCAAUUAAAUUACAAAAAAUAAGCUCCUUAAGAUGCUUAGACUUACAAAUUUAACUUGA